CAUUUUGUCGGCUUGCAUACAGAGUUAGCGCUGUUGUGUGAGGCGCUGUGUGUGAGUUUUCAGUAAUGGACGGCAUCAGUGAUGUUGCGGUUGGUGUAAAGAGGGGGUCUGAUGAGCUGUUGUCCAGUAGUAUGUACAGCGGUACCACUUUGGGGAUGAGCAGUAUCAGCGACAGCACGUCGAAUGGAAGUGACAGCAAGAAGUUGAGAGUAGAAGAGAGGGUGGGAGACGCUCCGCCAUCACGUGUCCUGCACAUCAGAAAACUACCCAAUGAAGUCUCGGAGGCAGAAAUCAUCGCAUUAGGGCUGCCGUUUGGAAAGGUCACUAAUAUCCUCACACUGAAGGGCAAAAACCAGGCAUUCCUCGAGCUCAGCACAGAGGAAGCAGCCAUCACCAUGGUGAACUACUACUCCGCGGUUACACCGCACGUACGAAACGUCCCGGUGUUCAUCCAGUAUUCAAAUCACAAAGAACUCAAGACCGAAACAAACCAGUCGGGUGGAACGACCACGUCCGGCUCCGGUGAUGGAACGCUCGCGACGCCCAGCAGUCCAGUCCUGAGGAUUAUCAUCGACAACAUGUUCUACCCCGUCACUCUAGAUGUGUUGCAGCAGAUCUUUUCAAAGUUUGGCACAGUUAUGAAAAUCAUCACGUUCACUAAGAACAAUCAGUUUCAGGCCCUGCUGCAGUACAAUGACGCGGCGAGCGCCCAGCAAGCCAAAGUGGCGCUGGACGGUCAGAACAUAUACAACGCUUGCUGCACGCUGAGGAUAGACUACUCCAAACUCGUCAACCUGAAUGUAAAGUACAACAACGAUAAGAGCAGGGACUAUACCAGACCAGAGCUGCCUGCGGGCGAUGGCCAGCCUACCGUGGACCCAUCGGUGGCAGCGGCUUUUGGCAAGGAUACGAACUCCCUGCUCGGUAAGAUCCCAGGUGCUUUAAGUCCUCUGAGUGCAGCGGCCGCGGCGGCAGCAGUGGCGGGUCGAGUGGCGCUGUCGGGACACAGCGGUAACGGCGUCCUCCUGGUCAGCAAUCUAAACGAAGAGAUGGUUACGCCCCAAAGUCUGUUUACCCUCUUCGGGGUGUACGGUGACGUGCAGCGCGUGAAGAUCCUCUAUAAUAAAAAAGACAGCGCGUUAAUACAGAUGGCCGAUUUGAAUCAAGCCCAACUUGCAAUGAGCCAUCUGAAUGGUCAGAAGAUGUAUUCGAAGAUCAUCCGUGUGACCAUGUCCAAGCAUCAGACGGUUCAGUUGCCCAGGGAUGGCUUGGAUGAUCAAGGUCUCACCAAGGAUUUCACCAACUCCCCUCUCCAUCGUUUCAAAAAGCCCGGCUCCAAGAACUUCCAGAACAUCUUCCCUCCCUCAGCCACGCUGCAUUUGUCCAACAUCCCGCAAGACAUCACAGAAGAAGAUCUCAGAGUUUUGUUCACCAACUCCGGAGGAACCGUCAAAGCCUUCAAGUUUUUCCAGGAUCGUAAAAUGGCUCUCAUCCAGCUGUCAACAGUCGAAGAGUCCAUUCAGUGCUUGAUCGACCUCCACAACUACAACAUGGGCAACAACCACCACCUGAGGGUCUCCUUCUCCAAAUCGACCAUUUAAAAGACGCCGAGACGCGGCUCUUUUGUCUAACGUUACUCGUUGACUGUUUGGCUACACUGGGGACCACAGUUUGACACUCUUUUGUUUGUUUACUGGUCAUUCCUUGUUAAAAAAAUUAAAAAUCCUCGCCCCCCUUUCGUGUGCGGUUCUCCCCAAUCCGCCUCCCCCCCUUUUUACCGUAAUUAGUUGACGAAGAAUGUGCCUUACUCGACAAACCAGAAUAAACAUUUUUCACAUUCGCGGAUUUUCAUAAGGGCAAGCGGUCAACCGUACUGGGACUGGGGUUUAUUCCUUGUGAAAGUUUCGAGGUUUGGGGGGCGGGGGCUCUCGCUUGUGCGCUUGUGUAAAAUGUACAGCGUGUGAAACGUGCCACACAAUUCAGACCCGUGUGUGAUUAUUUUGUAGUAGUUUGUAUUUUGGGUUUUGCUUAUUUGAUCCGCUAGGGUUGUGAAUCUUGGUAAAACAAGCAGUGGAAUGUAAACGAAGGACAAUUCUAGCGAUUCUUUUAGGCAGUGUAAUGUUUACCACACGCUGGAGUGAUUUUAAAAGCGUUUCUUUUCUUUAUAAACCGAUUCAUGCUUAGAAAUAUAGUGUCGUAUUUCAUUUUGGCGUAGUAGCUAGGCCUUGAGCUUAACGUGUUGAUUUUAUUUUCCGUUUAGACGUACGUCUGCAUGCGCUUAAUCGGUUCGCUCGUAAAGUCCUUAGAGGGGGUGUAGGGGUCAACCUGGUGGGACCAAAGUUUGUGCCUUUAGUCUUAAUUUACUGAACAGAUUUUUAGGAAAAAAAAGUCCUCAUUUUGUAUUUUCUGAAAACGAAACAAACCCGUGGACAGGCUGAUAUUUAUAUGAACCGUAUUGAAAGUCAUGGUUACAUAAAUGGCGUAACCCAUUAGCUGCUAAGGUUCGUGGGUUUUCUCACAUAUUAAUGGGCUGUGAAUUUUCAAACUGGUCAAGAAGUUAUGUAUAGUUUUAUUUCUUGGUUUUCUUUUCUUUAUUUUUUUAACACCUAACAGAAUGUAAGCUUCAGAGCUGUUUGGACGAGGCACAAUUAAAAGACGGUGUUUUCUAACAAA